AUGCGGCUGCUGCUGCUGCUGCCCCUGCUGCUGGCCCCAGCGCCCGGGUCCUCGGCUCCCCAGGUGAGGCGGCAGAGUGACACCUGGGGCUCCUGGGGUAACUGGAGCCCCUGCAGCCGGACCUGUGGAGGGGGCGUCAGCUUCCGGGAGCGCCCCUGCUACACCCAGAGGAGAGAUGGCGGCUCCAGCUGCGUGGGUCCCACCCGAAGCCACCGCUCUUGCCACACGGAGAGCUGCCCCGAGGGCGCCCGUGACUUCAGGGCGGAGCAGUGCGCGGAGUUCGACAGCCACGAGUUCCAGGGGCGGCGCUACAAGUGGCUGCCCUAUUAUGGGGCCCCCAACAAAUGUGAGCUGAACUGCAUCCCCAAGGGGGAGAGCUUCUACUACAAGCACAAGGAGGCCGUUGUAGACGGGACACCCUGUGAACCUGGCAAACGGGACAUCUGUGUGGAUGGCAGCUGCCGGGCUGUCGGCUGUGACCAGCACCUGGACUCCUCGAAGCAGGAGGACAAGUGCCUGCGAUGUGGGGGUGACGGCACAACCUGCUACCCUGUCACGGGCGUCUUUGAGGCCAAUGACCUCAGCAGAGGCUACAACCAAAUCCUCAUUGUCCCCAUGGGGGCCACCAGCAUCCGCAUCGAGGAGGCGGCCGCCAGCAGGAAUUUCCUGGCGGUGAAGAGCAUCCGUGGCGAAUACUACCUCAACGGGCACUGGACCAUAGAGGACGCCCGCGCCCUGCCCGUGGCCAGCACCCUCCUGCACUAUGAGCGGGGAGCGGAAGGGGACCUGGCGCCCGAGCGGCUCCACGCCCGCGGCCCCACCUCGGAGCCCCUGGUCAUUGAGCUCAUCAGCCAGGAGCCCAACCCGGGCGUGCGCUUUGAGUACCACCUGCCCCUGGGCGCCCCCCAGCCCAGCUUCAGCUGGGGCCACAGCUCGUGGGGCGACUGCAGCGCUGAAUGUGGUGGAGGUCAGCAGACCCGCUGGGUGUUCUGCACCAUGGACGACGAGGUCUACCCCGAGCACCUGUGCCAGCCCCAGCCGCGGCCGGCUGACCGCCGCUCCUGCAGCCCGCAGCCCUGCCCACACACCAAGCGCUGGAAGACGGGGCCCUGGACGCUUUGCUCAGCCUCCUGUGGGGGCGGCUUCCAGUCCCGCUCCGUCUACUGCGUCUCGUCUGAUGGGGCUGGUGCCCAGGAGGCUGCUGAGGAUGCUGAGUGCGAGGGUCUGCCCGAGAAGCCCCCAGGCAGGCGGGCCUGCAACCUGCAGCGCUGCGCAGGCUGGAGCGUGGAGCCCUGGAGCGAGUGCUCUGUCAGCUGCGGUGCGGGGGUCCGGAGGCGGAGUGUCACCUGCCGGGGUGACGAGGGGUCUCUGCUCCACGCCACGGCAUGCUCCUUGGAGGACCGCCCCACGCUCACUGAGCCCUGUGUGCAUGACGCCUGUCCCCCACUCGGUGACCAGGCCUGGCACGUGGGCGCCUGGGGUCUAUGCUCCAAGAGCUGCAGCUCGGGCACUCGAAGGCGCCAGGUGGUCUGUGCCCUUGGGCCCCCCGGUCACUGCGGGAGCCUGCAGCUGUCCAAGCCCGCGGCCGUGGAGGCCUGCAACACGCAGCCCUGCGAUCUCCCUCCAGAGGUCCCCAGCAUGCCGGAGGUGCACACCAGCCCCAGGGACCCCCAGAUGUCUUUGGGCCCACGGGAGGCCUCUGCCUCAGAUUUCAGAGACCAGUGGUGGGCAUCCCAGGAGCAGCCCUCAGCGCGGGGUAACCCCAGAGGAGACCAGAGGCCACCCUCGUCAGCCCCGGGCCCCGCCCCAUCCCUGCAGCUCUCCUCAUACGGGCAGCUUCUGCAGCCAGGCUCAGGGCCCCACGACUGCAGACAGAGCUCCCACGGGUGUUGCCCCGACGGCCACACUGCCUCCCUCGGGCCACAGUGGCAGGGCUGCCCUGGGGCCUCCUUGUGUCAGCAGAGCAGGUUCGGGUGCUGCCCUGACGGGGUGACCGUGGCCGAGGGGCCCCAUCAGGCAGGCUGCACGAGCUCUCACAGACGCGACGACGCCGGGGGCAGGCCAGGAUCGAGAGCAGCGGCCUCUGCAGUCCCCAGUGCCCACCGGCCCCAGGCCCAGCAGAAUGAGCCCAGCGAGUGCCGGGGCUCCCAGUUUGGCUGCUGCUAUGACCACGUGGCCUCCGCGGCGGGCCCCCUGGGGGAAGGCUGUGUGGGCCAGCCCAGCUCCGCGUACCCCGUGCGGUGCCUCCUGCCCAGCGCCCACGGCUCCUGCACCGACUGGGCCGCCCGCUGGUACUUCGUCGCCUCCGUGGGCCAGUGUAACCGCUUCUGGUACGGCGGCUGCCACGGCAACGCCAACAACUUUGCCUCAGAAGAAGAGUGUGUGAGCGCCUGCCGGGGACCCCAGCCUGGGGCCAGGGCCUCUGGCCAGAGCGCCCACGGAGAUGGUGGCGGCAGCGGUCCUGGGGGCCAGCAGGAGGCUGGCCAGCAUGGGCUGGGGCCUGUGGUCCAGAGAAGACCCUUGCCUUCCGGUGGCCUCCGGUGGCGAGACCAAGAGCCUGGGCUGGGGGUGACAAACCACAGACAGGCCUUUGGAGAGGGGCCCUGGGGCCAGGAGACUGGGCCCAGUCCCCCUGGACUGAGCGGAGACGCAGGACGACCAGCGCCUCCUUCCCGUGGCGGCUCCUACAGGAUCACUCUGGCGGGCUCGGAGCCCUCCGUGGUGCAGGCGCCCCUGGGGCAGUUGGUGCGGCUCUUCUGCUCCGAGGACGGCUCCCCAGGCCCCCACUCCAGGUGGCAGAAAGAUGGGCGGCCCGUCUCCUCUGACAGGCACCAGCUGCAGUCCGACGGCUCCCUGGUCAUCAGCCCCCUGAGGGCGGAGGACGCGGGCACCUACAGCUGCGGCGGCCCUGGGCCGGACCGUCACUCUCAGCAGGUCCAGCUUCGCGUCACAGGGGGUGACGUGGCCGUGCCUUCUGAGGCUGAACCGAGGCCCUUCCCCGAGACCAGGGACCCAGCCCAGGACCACAGGCCUCAGGACCCCAGCCUCGGGGGCCCCGCCGCCGCCUUGCACCCGUGGCCCCUGACCAGGGUGCGUCUGGACCGGAGCCAGCCUGGGGUGCUGGACGCCCAGCUGGGCCAGCGGGUCCGGCUGACCUGUCGUGCUGAGGGCUUCCCGCCCCCGACCAUCGAGUGGCAGAGAGACGGGCAGCCUCUCUCUUCCCCCAGACACCAGCUGCAGUCCGACGGCUCCCUGGUCAUCAGCCGCGUGGCUGUGGAGGACGGGGGCUUCUACACGUGUAUCGCGUUCAACAGGCAUGACCGAGACCAGCGCUGGGUCCAGCUCCGAGUGCUGGGAGAGCUGACCAUCACAGGGCUGCCCUCCACGAUGGCCGUGCCGGAAGGGGACACGGCCAGGCUGCUGUGUGUGGUGGCGGGAGAAAGCGUGAACAUCCGAUGGUCCAGGAACGGGCUGCCGGUGCGGGCCGACGGCCACCGCGUGCACCAAUCCCCAGACGGCACGCUGCUGAUCCACAACCUGCGGGCCAGGGACGAGGGCUCCUACACGUGCAGCGCCUACCGUGGAAGCCAGGCCGUCAGCCGCAGCACCGAGGUGAAGGUGGUCCCGCCAGCACUGGCCGCCCAGCCCCGGGACCCCAGCAGGGACUGUGUCGACCAGCCGGAGCUGGCCAACUGUGACCUGAUCCUGCAGGCCCGGCUCUGCGGCAACGAGUACUACUCCAGCUUCUGCUGCGCCAGCUGCUCCCGUGUCCAGCCGCCUGCGCAGCCCGUCUGGCAGCAGGGACACAGCUCAUAG